CAGCAGCAGCAAGCGGGGUUAUCUCCGGCUCGGAGGUGGCUCGCUGGCUGGAGCCCGGCUGCUAGCAGCGCCCGCCCUCUGCCCAGCCGCCAGGGGGCCCUAGACCGGGGGAGCUAGUCCGGGAUGACGCAGAAGAGCAAACUCAACUUCGUGGCUGAAAACCAGAUCUGGUACAGUCCUUGCUUCUUCGCCUUACCCCACCCACCGUCUCUUCUCCCCCCCCCCCACACCCAUUCCUCCUGCCGGGGGUACAGCCUGCCUGGGAUAGCCAGCAACAUGACCUCUCUGAAGUCUAGCUCCUAAUGCUGAAAGCUCACACACACGCGCGCGCACACACACGAGGACCCAGUUACAGGCUUUCCUAAUAAUAAUAAUAAUAAUAAUAAUAAUAAUAUUAAAGGCACCUGUUUGCCUUGCAAGACCCUUCCAUCACCCCCACUGUCCAUUGCUGUAAUGAGAGAGAGAGAGAGAAAGAAAAAAAGAAAGAAAGAAAGAAAGAAAGAAAGGGGAGUCAUAGAAUCACAGAGUUGGAAGGGAGCCUGAGAAUCUUCUAGUCUAACCCCCCCAAAAAGGUAAAGGGACCCCUGACCAUUAGGUCCAGUCGUGACUGACUCUGGGGUUGCGGCACUCAUCUUGCUUUACUGGCCGAGGGAGCCGGCGUACAGCUUCCGGGUCAUGUGGCCAGCAUGACUAAGCCGCUUCUGGCGAACCAGAGCAGCGCAUGGAAACGCUGUUUACCUUCCCGCCAGAGUGGUACCUAUUUAUCUACUUGCACUUUGACGUGCUUUCAAACUGCUAGGUUGGCAGGAGCAGGGACCGAGCAAUGGGAGCUCACCCCGUCGUGGGGAUUCGAACCGCCGACCUUCUGAUCGGCAAGUCCUAGGCUCUGUGGUUUAACCCACAGCGCCACCCGAGUCCCUACUCCAACCCCCUGCAAUGCAGGAAUAGGCAGCUGUCCCAUUCGGGGAUCGAACCUGCAACCUUGGCAUUAUCACACUCUGAGCAACUUUGAGUUGGGUGGUUGUCAGUUGCAAAGUGGUGGACCGAAGCCCCACGUUUGUCCGUCCCCCCUGGAAUAGACAGACAGAGUCUAGGCAACUGAAGCUAUCGUACAAACUUUUCUGCCCCGCAGUGCCAAAUUUUAAAUCAAUCACUAGAGCCAUGGUGGGAUGUGAUUUGGCCAAUAUGCCCUCAACAAUAGUGUCGCCGCUGCCCUAUAAUAGUUCAUACCUCAGAGAAUAUUUCUUCCUCCCUAGCCUCCAGCUUGUGUCUCUUAUUGCAGUUGUGAUUUCUGCGUGGAAUGUGGUUGCACAAGUGUUAAUGGGCACCUGCUGGUUGUUGCCUGUUGUAUUUUAAGUCAUGGUGACAUGACCACUCCCGACGCCAUUUUUGUGAACUUUUAAUGUCCUAUUUCCCCUGUUCUACAGUAUUUAGUCCAUUGUGCUUUCGUUUUGUUUCUUAAACAAAGCUACUACUGCCAUCCUACCUACUUCAGGAACAUUUUUAAAAACAUUUCUCGAUGGCCCUGUUGACAGAGCAAAAACAUAAACAAAGUGCCCACCCUGUCCAGCUCAUGCAAAAGUUGUGUGACAUUGGCUAUAGCACCGCCACAAUCCAAUACAUGGGUGCUGGAUCAGAGCUGUUUUAAGUAAGGAUUUUAACUAAGGAUAAAAAACAGGCUACUUCUUUUUUUUAACCAUCUGGAAGCCAGUCCUUUACCACAAACAGACGGGCAAAACAGAGUAAGGGAUAGAAUCAAUGUGUUUAUAGACUGGCUUACAAGCGGAGUGGUAGCCAUUAAGCGGUCAGCCCCUUCUAUUUGUUCAAUAUCGUUUAUGUUCUCUCGGGUGUGAAAGGCGAAAACUAAAAUGUAAUCCUAAACUGAACAAAGGAAUAGCAGAGCAAGGUGUUGCAUUCCACAGAUGAUCAGAAUUGCUUCAUAACAAGGCUCUUAAAACUGCAGUCUAAGCUCCUUCUACGGUACAGUCCACCGCGCAGUGAAAUCAAAGUACAUUAAAGGCAACAGUCUCACUCCAAGUACUUCAUCUUAACUGCCUCGUGGGUCACGCUGUUAACAACUUAAAAGGACAAGGUUACAAUCUGCAGAUCACUUAUUCCGAAACAAUGGCUUGAUAUAAUUACUGUAGAGUAAAUAAAGUUGUGAGUUGCUGCAGGGUUUAGUUGUUUCUUCUAUUUAUUUAUUUUUUUAAAAAAGUCCUUGAGAAGGACUUACUCAGUAAAAUAAGCCAACUCGUUCAUUAUUCCUUCAACUAGCAAAAUGCAUCAUUCUGUUGGGUGGAGAUGAGUGUGCACAGAAAAAAAAGCUUAUGCAUUUCAAGGUCCCAGCUGGCAACCUGGCUCUGUGCAGAGAAACACACUGUGUUCCUUUGUCCACCUAAGGUUGGAAGCGUGGGGCAGGUUUUACUCUCCACUGGCGCUGUGGGUUAAACCACAGAGCCUAGGACUUGCUGAUCAGAAGGUCGGUGGUUCGAAUCACCACGACGGGGUGAGCUCCUAUUGCUCGGUCCCUGCUCCUGCCAACCUAGCAGUUCGAAAGUACUUCAAAGUGCAAGUAGAUAAAUAGGUACCGCUCCAGCGGGAAGGUAAAUGGCGUUUCCGUGCACUGCUCUGGUUCGCCAGAAGCAGCUUAGUCAUGCUGGCCACAUGACCCGGAAGCUGUACGCCGGCUCCCUCUGCCAAUAAAGCGAGAUGAGCGCCGCAACCCCAGAGUCGGUCAUGACUGGACCUAAUGGUUAGGGGUCCCUUUACCUUUACCUUUACCUUCAAAAUAUGAGCCAUAUUCAGCAUCGUGUUAUGCAAAUUAUUCAGAUGGCACAAGGAUUUCUCCUUGCGCAAUUGAACAAUCUCCCCCCUCUCAUCCCCUCAAACAGUCCAUCUAUUUUAGGGGUUCCCUCAACUCUUUGGAGCAGAUUUGGGGAAUGGGGAAAGGUGCGUGCAGUGUGACAAUUUAGCUGAACACAACUCUGUGCUUCUGAACUUCUUGCUGAUUUUAUUUGUGUUCUAUUGAUAGUUUUAUUAUGUACACUGGUUUGAGAGUUUUCUGAUUCAGCGGUCUAUAAAUCUUUCUCAAUAAAUAAAAUAAAUAACCAUAUAAUAAUAAUAAUAAUAAUAAUAAUAAUAAUAAAAUUUUAUUUAUAUCCCGCCCUCCCCAGCCGAAGCCGGGCUCAGAGUGGCUAACAACAAUAAAAGUAAUACAGCAUUCUAAAAUCAAUUCAUUCUAAAAUCAAUUCAAAAUCAAAUUAAUGGCAACCAUUGGGCUAGAGUUCUGUGAGGAUUACCAAAGGAGGGGGUCAGACUGUGCCUUGGCCAAAGGCCUGGUAGAACAGCUCUUGCAGGCCCUGCGGAAAGAUGUCAAGUCCCGCAGGGCCCUAGUCUCUUGUGAUAGAGUGUUCCACCAGAUCGGAGCCACAGCCAAAAAAGCCCUGGCUCUGGUUGAGGCCAGCCUAACCUCCGUGUAGCCCAGGACCUCCAAGGUGUUUUUGUUUGAAGACCGUAAGGUCCUCCGUGGGACAUGCCAGGAGAGGCGGUCCUGUAGGUACGAGGGUCCUAGGCCAUAUAGGGCUUUAAAGGUUAAAACCAGCACCUUAAACCUGAUCCUGUACUCCACCGGAAGCCAGUGCAGCUGGUAUAGCACAGGGUGAAUGUGAAUAUAGCUUCCCUCUUAGAUUCAGUCUUUUGGGCAUGCUAGAAUGUGGUGGGAAUUGGCUAUUUUUAAACAAACAGAUCUAGAAGGUCUGAAGGAGGGCAGAAGGGCAAGUAGUAGCCCCACCACAAAUAAGGAGUUUCCCCCCUACUAUCUCAAUUUCUGCACUCCUGUCAUAAGCACAGGCUGUUAUUUUUCUUUCUCAUCCACCUACAAAUAUUCUUCCCUCUUCUGUGCCACCCCUCCCCCUGGGAGAUUUUUGUGAUGCUACCACUGCUUUUCAGAGACUGUGAUUAUAAUGAUGAUGAUGAUGAUGAUGAUGAUGAUGAUGAUGUACUGCCCAUCUGACAGGGUUGCCCAAGCCACUCUGAGUGGCUUCCAGCAUAUAAAAAAAGCACAAUAAAACACUAAAUAUUAUACACUUCCCUCUACACAGCUGCCUUCAGAUGUCUUCUAAAGGCUGUAUAGUUACUUAUCUUCUUGACACCUGAUGGGAGGGCAUUCCACAGGGUGGGCACCACUACCGAGAAGGCCCUCUGCCUGGUUCCCUGUAACCUCGCAGGGAGGGAACCACCAGAAGGCCUCGGAGAUGGACCUCAGUGUCCAGGCUGAACGAUGGAGGUGGAGACACUUCUUCGGGUAUACAGGGCCGAGGCCGUUUAGGGCGCUUUUAAGGCCCAUUCAAAAUAUUUGUGCCAGUGGCUUUCCUUAUGCAGGAAGACAGAGGAUUUUUUUAUGUUAAGGGCUUACACACACUUCGAUUUGUCCCAUGGUUUUUAGGCAUGGGUCCGAGAGGUUUUUCUUUUGUCCCAACACUUUCCCCAGGAAGCUCCACUGUUUACUGAUCUGUGGAUUAGUGUUUGUUCCAAUUCAGUGGUAAAAACCACGGAUUUUCCUGGGUAAAGCAGUGGGACAAAUGAAAAACCCCUCAAACCCAUGCCUAGAAAUCAUAGGGCAAGCGGAAGAAAACAGAAGUGUGGAUGAGCUUAAGACUGUUCCGUAAAGCCUUUUAAACCAUUUCUUUUGUAUCUACAUCAGGAAGGAUCAUGUUGAAACUGAAAACAUAGCUGCAAAGAGAUGGCCCGAACGGUGGGGGUUUAUGUUAACACCAGUGGAAGAGGUAAAAAUUUUGUGUUUGUGUGUGUGUGACAUUUAUCCAUGAAGGACAGUUUUGUUUCAGUUCUUAAUCUCACUUCAUGACCUGCAUUGAACAAGAAUCACCUUCUUGCCGAAACAUGAGGCUAUGGUCUUGUUUCACAAAAACAUCUACAGUGGUACCUCGGGUUACAUACGCUUCAGGUUACAUAUGCUUCAGGUUACAUGCGCUUCAGGUUACAGACUCCGCUAACCCAGAAAUAGUGCUUCUAUUUAAGCAAAGUUAAGAACUUUGCUUCAGGAUGAGAACAGAAAUCGUACUCCGGCAGCGGGGCAGCAGCAGGAGGCCCCAUUAGCUAAAGUGGUGCUUCAGGCUAAGUACAGACCUCUGGAACGAAUUAAAUACUUAACCCGAGGUACCACUGUACAUCUCUCCUUAUGGCCCUAGAAUGAAACCCUAACCAUCAAUUAUUUGUUGUUGGGAGGACAGUUUAAGUGUGUGUGUGUGUGUGUGUGUGUGUGCGUGUGCGUGUGUGUGUGUGUGUGUAUUCAAAGAUAUACAAAAAUCCAUACCCACUACAAAAUGUACUGAGAUCAAUCAACUACUUAGUCUAAAAGAGAACAAAGCCAGAAGGAAGAAAAGACAAGGAAAGGAGAAACCUAAAGAAAGAGAAAGCGAGGGAAAAGGAAAAGAAAGAAAAAAAUAAAAAAUAAAAUAGAGAAGGAAAAAAUAAAAGGAUUUCCAGCUCUCUGUCCUGCAGCUACAUAUGAUAUUCAUUCCUUAACAUCCAACCAUUCUCCCUUCUACAAACCAGCAUUUUUUUCAGUCUUCAAAUCCAGAUAUUUCAAGUUCCUUUUCUCUUUUUCGUAAAAAAUCCACAAUAAAAUUCCAGUCCAUAACAAAUGACUGGAGUGCUGUUGAUUAUUUGUUCUCGGAAGGGAUUGCCAAAAGUUGAGAGCACUUAUCCGUCCUUCAGAUUCAAUUGCUAGCCUUAAAAUGAGAAUUAGUUCUCCAUAUGGAACAAUGGAUUUCAAAAGCAUCCAAAGCUAUACAAUAAAUGGGCUUAUAUCUGAAGUCAAGUACAAGGUCAUUAGCUACUGCUAUGAUGGAAACAGCAUAAAUAUCUAGAUAGAUAUGAGUUGUUACAAUGUUAUCCCAAUGCGUGGCUCAGUGUGAAGUACCCAUUAAUUUCAUUGCAUUUUUCUUCUAUUUUUAGUUGUUAAAAGAUGAAAAGAAGCCACCUGCCAAACCUAAGAUCCCACUUCCAGAACACUUACAAAUCCGACCUGUGACACCGGUGGAAACAUAUAUUAAGGUUAGGCAAUAGUCGCACAGUCUUAAAUGGCACAAUUUCAAAACAUUUAUUUUGGAAGAAAGAAAGAAAUACCUGUGGUGGUAGAUAGCCUUGAAUGUUCCUCAUCAGUUGUUCUACAAUGACUUGGGAUGUGGGUGGCACUGUGGUCUAAACCACUGAGCCUCUUGGGCUUGCCGAUCAGAAGGUUGGCGGUUCGAAUCCCCAAGAUGGUGGUGUGAGCUCCCGUUGCUCUGUCCCAGCUCCUGCCAACCUAGCAGUUCGAAAGCACACCAGUGCAAGUAGAUAAAUAGGUACCGCGGUGGCAGGAAGUUAAAUUGUGUUUCCGUGCACUCUGGCUUCCAUCACAGUGUCCCACUGCGCCAGAAGUGGUUUAGUCAUGCUGGCCACAUGACCCAGAAAGCUGUCUGUGGGCAAACGCUGGCUCCCUUGGCCUGAAAGCAAGAUGAGCUCCGCAACCCCAUAGUCGCCUUUGGCUGAACUUAACUGUCCAGGGGUCCUUUGCCUUUGCCUUCUACAAUGGCUGGUCUUUCGAUAAAGAUGAGAAUAAAUGGUGCUGGAAUCCUGAGGGCUACUUUGAAAGGACAACUUAAGACAGGAAGUCUUCUUUGGAUGUUCUGCUGAGCAAAUGUUUCGUUGUCUUGCAAUAUAGUGGCCCUGCUGCAGGACAGGAAAGUAAUAUAUCAGGUUAGUUAUCUCAUCUCUGUAAGUGUUCAAUGCACAGAUCAAAAUCCAGAAUUAUCUUAUGUUCCAGGAGCACACAAAAAUCACUUUCAUGAGAGAUGUUUAAACUUUGAAUGCCCCGCUUUUCCAUACGGAUAUCAGGCCAACCACAUAAGAUUUAUGAUCUUGAGAAGACAUACUUACAGUUUUCUAAUAAAAGCUAGACCCUUUCAGUAGAAGGGAAUCCAGAUGGUACAUUAUUCUGAGGCAAGGGUAACAAACUGGAGGUCUUAGAAUCUUGACACGGACCAGCGAACAAUUUUAUGUAGUCUCUGUAAGCUUCCUACCAAAUUAGUUUGGGUAAAGGAAUUCGGAUUGGCAAGAAAAAUAAUAAUAAUUCAGAUGUUGUGAGAGAGUCUACACAUUAACAUGGCAUCUCUUUGGGUCUGUAUGCAAUGCCCUUUGUAAUGUCCAAGCCUCCAUGUGCUGCAGAUAUGUUUGUGAAUCCCCAGUUGUUAAUUAAAUUGACUGUACUAUAGUGCAUGAAUGGGUUGAUGAUCUCCAUCUUCAUGACUGCGUCGUUCAUGGGACAAGAGAAAUGUGCACAGCUGGCUAAAUCAUCCAGCCCAGUGUUCUUCAGUCUUGGAUCUGCAGAUGUAGGGCACCAUCGCUGGCCAUUGGCUAAGCUGGCUAGGGAUGAUUGGAAACGUAGCCCAACAAUGUCCGAGGACUCAAACUUGAAAGAGCGCUGAGUCAGUGGUGCAAGAAGUUUCUUUUUUAAAAAAAGUUUUUAUUGUUAAAAUAAUUCAUCAUUAAUACACAUAUGUUGCGAAUAUACAAACAUACAUUUCAUACAAUCCUUAAAAGUGUUCAAACAUACCUACACUCAAUCCCACAGAUAAUUCCUUUUCCCAUCACCAUCCACCACCCCUCACCCCACCCUUGUGUUAGACUUCCAAUCUACUCAAUUGCAAUUUCUUUCCACUUCUAUUACUUUCUUUCACACACCUUUAACCUAAUUUCAUGCUCCUUUUUCUAUUACACAUUGUUAUCCAUCUUAUUUAGUAUUUCAGUAUUUAAAACGGAACUUGUUUAUUCUAAUAGGAGUUCUGAUUUUUCAAUAUGGUUUUGCAAGUAUCCUUUAAACACCUUCCAGUCCCUGUCUAUCUUCUCUUUUGAGAUCCUUCCAAUUUCUCCCAUUGGUUCAGAUAUAUUGUAGUACUCCAAUAAUUUGGCAAGCCACUCUGUUUUUGUCUGUAUAAUACCACUUUUCAAACAAUUUUGGGAAACAAUAUAUAAUGAAAUGAAAAAAAUGUUCAGAUAUUCAUUUAGGAAAACACCAGAAGGUUUUCUAUUGGGAAUAGUACCAGGAAGUCUAAAGGAAGAAGACAAGACAUUAUAUUUAUACGCAACAGUAGCCGCAAGGCUAUUGAUUGCGAAAAAUUGGAAAAGAGGAAGUUUCUAUAUGUAACCUGUUUUGCUCCAUAAGCAUACUGCGUUACAGCACCUCUGAACUGCAGGCCUGUCAGAUAUGGAAGUCGGGAACUAAACCUGGCCUGUGUGCUACUUUCAAGUCAUGGCUUGCCCGUCAGGAGAAAAGUUAGUUGGUGACUAUGUGGCGGAUAACCAGUUCUGGUGUAAGUAGUUAAUGUCUGAUUAGGACCAGGGAGGUCAGGGUUCAGAUCCCAUCUCAGCCACAAAGCCUGCUGAGGGAACCUUGGGCCAAUUGCUGCCUCUCAGCCUAACUUCUCUCACAGAGUGGUUGUGAGGAUAAAAUAUGGAGCCUGUUUGAGCACUUUGGAGGAAAAGAGGGAUACAAAUGCAAUCAAUCAAUCAGCAAACAAGCAAACAUUUAAACACCUGGGGCUUGAAAUUCCAGUUUGCUCUCUCACUUGAAAAUAAAAAAACACUUGCAUGGCGAGGCCCUGGGCCCCGCAGUUCCCACAGAAAUAAACACACAAACACAAAUAUGUUGGGUUAAUGGGAUAAAUUAGGCCACAACUUUAUUGGUUACAGAUGUGAGCGGUUUCGCUUAGGCAAUUGGGUGAAGCAUGACUAUAUCCUGACUCUUGCCCAUUUGUAGGAAGUCUUGAAGGGUCAACCACCGAUAGGGGGUACCCUAUGAUGUACAUCAAUUAAGAGCUCCCCCAGGGUCACCGAUGGGGUUGUGGCAUGGCCCCAGCCCAUGCCCAGGCUUCGGACAGGAACCACACCACUGGAUCCCUUUAAUGGAUCUUGGAGGGGCAGGCAGGGGCAACAACCUCCCCUCCCAUAACAAGGCUUACUCAGUGCCUAUUGUGACGAUUGCUACUAGGUAGGUGAAAACCAAAUGGCUGGUGCCAAAUUGCCAAGUGGAAAAAUUCCAACCUGGCCACAACCAGGCGACCAACAUUAGUCAUAGCAAGGCCAUAGUCAAGCAACGCAAGAAAGAGGGUGGGCAGGCUGGGAGAUCCACCGAAGUAGACUAAAGGUGGCUACCCCCCAGCCGCACUGUGGUUGAAAUGGCAAGUAGCCAGCCCCCCCCCCCCCGGCUAACCCAAUUGAUCAGUCGGGGGGCAUAAUGCGGCUGGGCGUCCUAGUGACAUGGGCAGCACCCCUCUGUGGGUAACUGAAGCCCCGGAACUCCUCCCGCUGUGCAGCCCCUCCGGAAAAUGCAGAGUGUCUUAUCUGUUAUUCCCAAUGGGUUGGGCAAGGAAUCCUUGACCAGACUCUUCCCACUGCCUCUGUGUGUCUGUCAUGCGGCAUGGAAGCAGGAGGAUAUAAUUGCCUCCUUUCUUUGGCUCUGUGGGUGGUGCGUAUGGCCGUGAAAGAAAGGAAAGAAAGUAGAGGCAGUCGGUUCAAAGGAUGUCCUCCGCCUAGAUAUCACAAACAUUUCCCAGUCUUGGCUGAGGAACAAAGCAAAAGGGCUCUGGCAGCAGAACAGAAAGAGAAACAUUGCUUUCUCUCUGUGCGUUUCUCCAAUGGAUAAGCCCCCAGAUGUUGAAGGGAUACGUGGAACGCCCUUUCGAUGUGCCUUGUGGAGGUGGUUUAGUCAAAGCAAGCGCAGAAGCCAAGGCUGAUACGGCACUUCAGUCUUUUCCCUCCCCUCCCCUAGCUAGAUUAGUUCCUUAUUAACCAGGUUCAUUUAUAGCAACUACAGAUUGAAAGAUUCAGGUAGGUAGCCGUGUUGGUGUGACGCAGUCAAAAUAAAUAAAAAAUUAUCCAGUAGCACCUUAGAGACCAACUAAGUUUGUUCUGGGUAUAAGCUGAAAAAGUGUGCACGCACACUAAAGCAUAUACAGUGGUACCUCGAGUUAAGAACAUAAUUCGUUCUGGAGGUCUGUUCUUAACCUGAAACUGUUCUUAACCUGAGGUACCACUUUAGCUAAUAGGGCCUCCCGCUGCUGCCGCGCUGCUAUUGCACAAUUUCUGUUCUCAUCCUGAAACAAAGUUCUUAACCCGAGGUACUAUUUCUGGGUUAGCAGAGUCUAUAACCUGAAGUGUCUGUAACCUGAAGCAUGUGUAACCUGAGGUACCACUGUACCCAGAACAAACUUAGUUGGUCUCUAAGGUGCUACUGGACAAGUUUUAUUUAUUACAGAUUGAAAGCUUUUACAGAAAGUUUCUUUCUGCAAAAAACAAAACAAAACAAAAACCCUGGUCACUAAUAUUUCUUACAUUUGUCCUGAAAACUCUUCCCCUCCUCCAGCCCAAUGUACAUAAUGUGUGUUUAAUACAGAGGUGGAUAAUCUUUUUUUAGCCCAAGGGCUACAUUGAUGGUUAGCCAACCCUUGGAGAGCUGGAUAGAAUCAUAGAAUCAUAGAGUUGGAAGAGACCACAAGGGCCAUCGAGUCCAACCCCCUGCCAAGCAGGAAACACCAUCAGAGCACUCCUGACAUAUGGUUGUCAAGCCUCUGCUUAAAGACCUCCAAAGAAGGAGACUCCACCACACUCCUUGGCAGCAAAUUCCACUGUCGAACAGCUCUUACUGUCAGGAAGUUCUUCCUAAUGUUUAGGUGGGAUCUUCUUUCUUGUAGUUUGGAUCCAUUGCUCCGUGUCCGCUUCUCUGGAGCAGCAGAAAACAACCUUUCUCCCUCCUCUAUGUGACAUCCUUUUCUAUAUUUGAACAUGGCUAUCAUAUCACCCCUUAACCUCCUCUUCUCCAGGCUAAACAUGCCCAGCUCCCUUAGCCGUUCCUCAUAAGGCAUCGUUUCCAGGCCUUUGACCAUUUUGGUUGCCCUCCUCUGGACACGUUCCAGUUUGUCAGUGUCCUUCUUGAACUGUGGUGCCCAGAACUGGACACAGUACUCCAGGUGAGGUCUGACCAGAGCAGAAUACACAUCUGUAUUCUGCACAUCUUCUGCAUAUGCACACACAGAUUUGAACCUCUGUAGCCGGUUUCCUGCUACUAAUGUUUGCAGAGAAUAUUUUGUUGCUGCUCUUGGAUGCCAAGGCAGUCAAAAGUGUGCUAAAGAAGAAUAAGGAUCUUGCAGAGAAGUUGGAUGAAUUAUUUGCAUCUGUCUUCACAGCAUCUCCUUCAAGUGUCCUGAUUUACCAGGACAUCCUGAAACUACAUAAGCUAUCCCAGCUUCUGAUUUGAUCCCAGAAUGUCCUGUUUCCCCCCUCCAGCACCACCACUGCUGAGCUCAGGGAGGAGGAAACAGCACUUGUUGGCGCUUGCAGUAAUGUUGUGUUAGCAUGUGACUCAGCUAGCUCCCACGAGAGCACGGCACCCGAAGAUACACGUGCAAGUCGCUCACGCAAGAACGCAGCACACAAAAACACGCAUCCCGAUUUUCAACAGUGGAAUGUUGGAGGGCAUCGAAGUGGAGGGCAUCUCUGAGCCUAAACUAACUUUCACAGGGCAGGAGUCUGAGGAACUGAGGUGGGCAGUGAUGGUGAGAGAUGAAGUUUUAGACCUAAUAGACAGGUAAAGGGACCCCUGACCAUUAGGUCUAGUCAUGGCCGACUCUGGGGUUGCGGCGCUCAUCUUGCUUUAUUGGCCAACAGCUUCCGGGUCAUGUGGCCAGCAUGACUAAGCCGCUUCUGGCAAACCAGAGCAGCACACGAAAACGCCAUUUACCUUCCCGCCGGAGCGGUACCUAUUUAUCUACUUGCACGUUGACGUGCUUUCAAACUGCUAGGUGGGCAGGAGCAGGGACCGGGCAACGGGAGCUCACCCCGUCGCGGGGAUUCGAACCGCUGACCUUCUGAUCGGCAAGUCCUAGGCUCUGUGGUUUAACCACACAUCCCAAUAGACAAAAUAGAAACUGACAAAUUGCUGAGUCUGAAUGGCCUCCACCCAAGAGUUCUUGAAGAACUCAAAUGUGAAGUUGCUGAUCUUCUUUAAAAAAGAUAUAUGCCUUGUCUCUGAAACCAGCCUCCAUACCUGAGGACAGGAAAGUAGCCAAGGUAACAUCAAUUUUUGAAAGAGGAUCCUGGAAAUUUCAGGCCACUUGGCUUGUCAUCUGUCCUGGGAAAAUUGGUGGAAAGUAUUGUUAAAGAUAAAAUAGCCAAGCAUAUAGAAGAACAAGCCUUGCUUUACUCCUUCUCCGUGGUUGGAGGCACUUGCUGGAAAUCCUAGGAGGGAACAGUGUUGUUGUGCUCAGAUCCUGCUUGUGGGCUUUCUAUGGGCAUCUGGUGGAUCACUGUGAGAACAGGAUGCUGGCCUAGAUGGGCCACCGACCUCUUUCAGCUAGGCUAUUUGUGUGUUUUUAUAUUAUUUUCUUAGCUUCUGGUGUAGUUUGUCCAGGGAGAAACCAUAAUCCCAGGUUCAAACAUCACACUAAGCCAAUGUUUGUGGUUUGUUGCACAUGCUGGGGGAGGAACCAAGCCAUUAUUUGCAGUAAAUAAUUAACCCUGGCUUACCACAAUGUGCGCACGCAGCCACUAUCUUCUUGCUUCCACAUAAAUGUUAACAGCUGUCCUGAAGAGUCAGGAAGAAUGUUUUAACCUUUGAAAGGUUAGUCUUCAUACAUACAUUUUUGCAGUGCUGUGAUAUAAAUCUGAUUUAUUGUUGGUGUGGUCUUCUUUUUUUCAUAUUGUUAUAUUUUUACGUGUUACAUAUAUUUAUGGGAUUGAUCUUCAAGAAGAGCGGAUUAUACAUUACCUAUUCAUAUAUACAUAGACUAGUUAAAUAUUUACCUUUAGGGUUAAACGCAUUACUGUUUCUCUACUUCUUUAAGCACUCGUUCUGAUCCCCGUGAGGGUCAAAACUGACUUGUACAAACAGAUUUUCAAUGGGUUAAUGGCUACAACUUCAUGCCCACAAGGCAACUGUGGGGUCACAUGCAGACACACUCCCUCCAUGUUGUGGGUAAACUCAAUGCUUCCCCCCACCCCCCAAUCUAGUACUUCUUUUGACUGGAAGAGAAGGCAUCAUGUUGUGCUUGCAAGACUUCUGUAUCAGGGGGCCCCCGUUGCAUUUCACGCUCUUACGAAAGAAACUUUUUUCAUCUUGGCAUUCCUUAAAACAGCUGCCGUCCUCAGUGGGACAGACCCUUCCUCAGCAACUGUGUGGCUUCCAUGUGUCGUCUUCUGACAAGUGGCGCUGAGGAGGCCUUUUUGUUCCUCACAUGGGGAGUAUUUGAACUUGGAGUUGUGAUUUUGCUUAAUGUAGCAUAUACCGUGUGAAAGAGCCAUAGUUAACUCUAAUGGUGGUCCCCCUAGAAAUGUUAGCAAUUAAAUAUGAAUCAUCUGGAGGUGGUUGCACAUUGCCCAACUCCCCCCACCCCCCCAAAAAAAACCCUGUAUCCAGUCUUUUCAUCUUGCAGAAGAAAACAGUUGUAAUGGUAUAUUCCAAAGAGCGCAAGAACAUUUAAGUGUUAACGUGUGCAUAAGGCAGACAUAGGAAAUCCAUAUUGAUUUAAGUGUCUUCUGUAAAAGUGGCAUUAAACUAAACACUCUUCCAAUUAAUUCAGCACUUUGCAGAAUUAAAUCCCAUCGUUGUCAGAAAUAUAGUCUCAGCUGCUUUGUAGGGACUUUUAUUUAAAUCUUCGGGGGCUGUCAGUAUUCUUUUAUUUAUGUGGAACAGUUUGUUUUGAGUAUAAACUAGUAGGAACUGCAGCAAAAUUUUGCACCAUGGGGUUCUUCUGUUUAGGGUUCCAGAGAGCCAGCUGGGUCUUUUUUCAGGUAGCUGAAUUUCAUUCCAUCUCCUCCCUGGCUUUCUGGUUUUCUUCAUCUCAGCAAUCCGUCUGACUUCUGCAACCACUGAACAUGCUCAAAUCUUCCUUGGGCUGUUCUGUGGAUAGUCCCUCCCUUGAGAUCCACCCCCCCACCAUUAUAAUUUUUUGUAAGAAUGCAGACCUUAAGAUUCCCCACCUGCCGAUGCCCACCAUCUUGUAUGAGAGCAGCCGCCAUUUUGGCUGCAGAAAAAUCCACGCUUGGAGAAUGAGUUCACUGCAGUUGGGGUAAGGACAAAGAAAUAGACAAAGUAAAUGUGAUCUUGGUUUAUGCCCGCCUACAAUGGCACUGGGCAGGUGUGGACACAGGCCUCAUUGUUGGGGCCAUCUCCAUCCCUUUUCAAAUGGACACAUUGGGGAAGAAGGCAGAAUCAGUCGGCGCUGAGCUUUUGUGUUCAGAAGGAAACGAGUUGGUGGAAAAGUGCUUUUCAGGGGCAUAAGAUGUGCAGUAGGUCCAGAAGAUGUGAGAGAAGACCUGUUGUGCGUAGAGCUUUAAUAAAACUAUUUACUGUUCAGUUCCACUGACCUGUUAAUCAUUAAGAAUGUAAGAAGAGCCGGAGGGGCCACUAGGGGCACAUUGGAAGAUGGCUGAGCCUGGAUAGCUCAGUUGGUUAGAGCCUGGUGCUGAUAAUGCCAAGGUUGCAGGUUUGAUCCCCACAUGGGGCAGCUGUAGAUUCCUGCAUCGCAGGGGGUUGGAGCAGAUGAUCUUCAGGGUCCCUUCCAACUCUACAAUUCUAUAAGUCUAUGGCUGACAAUAACAUCUCUCCGACCCACACGAGGUAAUUAAGAGGCUGUGAUGGGAGUAAACAGCCUCCCUGCCCCCCCAAGCCUGUGGGGGGGACUGCCCUUGCCUGCUGUGCCCUAUACCACCCCCGAAUUUGUGGGGGUGGGGGCACUAGGCAGAAAGCCCUCCUGUGGAUCUCGGCGCUCCUGGACACUGUCUCUGGUCCGCGCCCCUAGCUGCAGUAACUUCAAAAGAAAUAAUUAGGAGGAAGCGAAUGCACAUAUUUCAAGGAAGAAGGGGGAGUAAAGACUGCUAACUGAAGAGAUUUCUGAUAAGCAAGGCGGGUCGGAGGAACAAGAAUAAAUCAUGAGAAGACCACCAAGGCUCGGUAUGUUCGGCAAGGACUGGAUGGGGGAGGGGAAAAAACUUUCCUUUCUUUUCUCUAUGUGAUUAACCAAGAAUCCCUCCCCCACAAGUCACAACUCAGAAAUGCCGUUUAAAUGACUUAAGCUGUGGAUUUAAGACUGUGUGGAGAUAAUGCUAACCAAAGCAUGUUUUAAGAAGAUCGUGGAAAGUAUAAGAACUUUGGAAUGACGCACUAAAAAAUACCGUCGCCAUUUUGACAAGUUCUGUUGGAAUACUUAAGCCUGGGAGGAGGAAUAGGGUUGUUUUUAUAUUGUGGGUGAGCCUCCUCAGGGGGGCUUAAGAGCGACAGAUUUGCGAGUUUAAUGAUGGAAAGAGUGAUGUUAUUUAUGAAAGCGAUUAUAUAUGGAAACCAUCUUGAUAUGAGGAUUGGACGAACGGAAAAUUCACACAGGAUUAUAAUUGGUGCUUACCUGCUUAAGGAGAUUAUCAGAAGAGAUCAUAAAGGGGAAAAAGAAAAAUAUACAAACAAGAUGAGAUGUGGAAACAGCAAGAUAAGACUGAAUAGAACUAUGAACAUUAUUUGGACAGAUUUGCUGGAUAUUAACGCAGCAGCAAGAAGAUGAUCGGAAUCCCCCCUCGGAACUUGAAAUAUGGGUCCCCUCAACAAAAUUUAAAAUUCGGCUUUGUAAUUCGGAAUUUAUGUGAUGUGAUUUGGUUUGAUUUGAUUGGUCGGUUAAUAAAAAUUAUUUUUUUAAAAAAAGAAUGUAAGAAGAGACUCCUGGAUCAGGCCAGUGGCUCGUCUAGUCCAGCAUCCUGUUCUCACAGAAGUCAACCGGAUGCCUGUGGGAAGUCUGCAAGCAGCACACUGGAGCCCAAGAGCCCUCUCCCCAUCUGUGGUUUCCAGCAACUUGAAUUCAGAAGCAUUGCUGGAGGCAGAGCAAAGCCAUCUUGGCUAGUCUUCUCCCACAUGAAUUUGUCUAAUCCUCUUUUAAAAGCAUCUGAGUUGGUUAAACCAAUAACAUUACAGUCUAGGUAGCAAAAGCCUCAGUGUGCAGUGGAUGUAGAAUAUAAUGUUGUGUGUAUACCGCUACAGAGAGCCUUUCCCAUUGCGGUGUCUAAACUCUGGAACCGCCUCCCAAGAGAUAUUGAUCUGGUCUCCUUCUUUGCUUUUGCUCUUCUGACCAUUUGAUUAUGGCAGGCCUUCUUUGGUGUGGGAUGAUACUUUUCCCCCCCGCCAGGCUGUUGCAUCUAUGUGCAUAACCUGACCUUGGGACCAUAUGGAAAAGGCAGUUAAGAAACCGAUGCAUCAGUUUUACCAUUGUUUGUUUUGUUUUAUAGGGCUGGAUUCAGCUAACAGGUCCCUCAAGGGCUUACACUAGCCCAAGAGGGCUUCCCCCACUCUUCGUGCAGCCUCACUCACCCUCAGUUUGGUUUUUUGUGGGGUGGGGGAUUGGGAAGACACCCAGAAUAGCACGCAGGGGGAGGUGAGGGGGAAAUCAUUCCAUCUGACAAGUGGAAAUGCUUACACUGAUGGAAUGAUUGCCCUAAGUGCGGCAUCAAAUUUCUCCUAGUGUCAGGGUUAUUUUGAAUUUUGUAGUGCUUCCUGGUUUGUAGCGCAGAAAGCUGGGAUACAUACUCAAAGAGGUGGAAGGAAGAAACAAUUCCGACCAGGGAAGAAUGGAAAACCAAGUUGAUGGACUAUGCAGAAAUGGCAAAUUUAACUGGGAAGCUCAGAAACCAAGAGGACAAGAACUUUAAAAAAACAGAAAGGGAUAAAUUUAUAAUUUAUUUAGGAGACCAUUGUAAACAGAUGAUAACAUUAGCAGGAUGUUGACCACACACUUGGAAAAUAACAAAAACUAUGGGCAAUUUAAAUGGAUUUAAAAAAUGGAUAAUGAACUGAUACUGUUAAGUUGUGGGUGAACAUAUCAGACGACACAGCGAUUCUUCAAACAGCUCUUGUUUAUUCACAGGCCCAGAAUAGAACUGGGCUUAAGGGUUCAGCCAGCCUGCUUAUAUAGAGCUCAACUACAAAGCAACAGUAACAACUUUCUGUAACUAUCCAAUCACUGAACGUCACUUUCAAUUCCUUAUUUGCAUAUGUGGACCUGAGUGAAAACUAUCUACAGUAUCCCCCUGCUGGCCCAGGGUGAGAACUUCAGUACAUAACAGAUACGCAGUUGUAAACAUUGUCACUAGGACCCAUGGAGGGGAUGGGGGGAAGUCUCGAGAAUCAGAAUAAUCUCUUUAUAUGGAUUCUUAAUUUACAGUGGUACCUCUAGUUACGAACUUAAUUCGUUCCGGAGGUCCGUUCUUAACCUGAAACUGUUCUUAACUAGAGGUGUGUUUCGCUAAUGGGGCCUCUUGCUGCCGCUGCGCCGCCAGCACACAAUUUCCGUUCUCAUCCCGGGGCAACGUUCUCAACUCGAGGUAACUCUUCCAGGUUAGCAGAGUUUGUAACCUGAAGCAUUUGUAACCUGAGGCGUUUGUAACUCGAGGUACCACUGUAUUUUGUUAUUUGUUUAUACUCUUUAAAAUCUAAUAAAAAAUAUUUACCGUAUUUUUUGCACCAUAACACUCACUUUUUUCCUCCUAGAAAGUAAGGGGAAAUGUCUGUGCGUGUUAUGGAGCGAAUGCCUGCGGGUGGCGGGGGGGAUCUGCUGCAGCCGUGAGCAGAGGAUCCAUGGUUCCCCUUCCUUCCCUCCUCCGUGGUUACAAGCAUGGAUCCACAUGGAUCCUCAGGAUUUUUGCAUUGGGCUACUCCAAACUCACUGUCAGAUCACAUGUCUGUGGCCACAGCAUGAACCACAAAAAUCAUAUAUCCACUAUUUCGUUUAGAAUAUUUUUUUUCUUGUUUUCCUCCUCUAAAAACUACAUGCGUGUUAUGGUCUGGUGCGUGUUAUAGAGCGAAAAAUACGGUAUAUAAAAAAAGAAAGGUGGGACAGAUAUAUAUAUAUGUUUAUGGCCAGAUAUAUAUAUAUGUAUAGGGCAGAUAUAGAUAUAUAGAUAUAGAUAUAGAUAUAGAUCUAUAACUAAAUAAAUUGCAUGCUACCUCCAUUUCAGAUUCACCCAUCUCCUCCUGUCCCUCAGACGACACAAGGCUUCAUAGGCUGGAGAUCCACGGUUCCAGGUCUGGGACUUGAACGUUACUCUAAGAUCAUAAGCACCAAAGGUGCCUUUUACAAGGACGUGCAGUGGCCAAAUGAACCAACCGACUGACUUUGUCCAGCUCCAUCAGCUUCCCUCACUUUUAUUUCCACCAGCUUUUCAGAGGCUCCUACUUGGUAGGAGAACAUACGUAUUAAGAAUGUGCUUGUCUACCAUUUCAGCAGCACUUUUAGGUGAAGGUUAACGAUGAGGUUAUGCAUGGCUUAGGAGUGUUUUAUUAAAAUCAGCAGUAUACAACAGACAA